ACUAAGUUAACAAAUAUGACUCGUGUAAGAGCUCUAAGAUGUUUAUUUGCUUUGGUUCAUGGUGAAAUAAUUGAAAAGCUGUCAUCUAGAUCAAUAUCAGAUCUCAGGGAUGACUUACAGAAGUUACUAUACAUAGGAGAUUUAGAAGCUUUGAAUAUAUCCCAGACAAUCUUAGAAUUCACUAAAUGUAAUAAAGAAGGCCUUGUAAGAGGAUUAUGGACAAAUCAUAACCAUGAGCCAAAGGCUGUCAAGUUAAUAACUGAUCUAUGCAUUGAUUAUGAAAUACAUGAUAUACAGUUAUGGAAUAGUUUAUUACAACAGUUAAUGGCAUUUAAUAUGAUCAAUUAUUUGCGACACAUCUUGGUUCGUAUAUCGGGAGUUUGUCAUCUGUGGCAUAUAUCAUCAUUAUUGAGAGCUUGGAAAUCUGUACUCUUGCAACCCUUAACCACAGUCUGCCAACCACUGAGUGAUGAACAAGAAAAGCAGUGUCAUCAGUCACUGUUACUUAUGACUAGGUGUCCAUUGAUAUCUGAUAUGGAUAUGAUUGGAUUCUCUAAACAGUUUCUACGACAACAGAUGAUGGCACAUGCACUGGCAUGUUUACUAAUCAUACCAGAUGUGAAGAAGAAAGAACAACAAAUUAAGGCAUUAUUCAGUGUUGAUGGUUGCCAUGCACUAAUUUUAGAUCAAAUUGCAAAUCUAACCAUGAAGAGAAUGCUGUUGCCACAAGCAGAACAGAUUCAGGGUGCAGUAUUUGAGAAUAUAAUUGAGACUGAUAACUAUGAAUUAUUACUAUGUACCAGUCACAGUCAUCAGUUUAAACACUACCUUGCUAGAAAUCAAAAGAUCAGUACACUGUUACUGACUCUGCUAAAAACAUCCCGAUAUGAAGAGAGUUUAAAGCUAAUAGAAUUGUAUUAUCAAUAUAAUCCAGAGAUUUUACCAGCUAACCAACCUGCCACUAUGGUUGAAAAAGACAGAAAAAAAAAACUACAUAUGUACUUAGAAUCCCAUGGUUUGAUGAAAACAGUGGAGGACAUCCUUGUGGAAUUUAAGUAGAGAAUCAACAUGUGCCUUACUCUAUUACCACAGUUUUAAAUACAUGUACAAAGAAUGUAAUUAUACAGUAUCUUUAAUCAAUGCAUAGCGCAACCAAAAUAUUUUCAACUUACAUAAUGUUUUUAGUAAAAUAAAUAUUUACAUGCAAUCACUGUGCUAUCUAUCCUGAUCUGGAAACCCUUAUUGUUUUAGAUGUGAAUCAGCUAGAUUAAUGGCAACCUACCAAACACUUGUUUUGGUCGAGAUUUUAACAUAACACAUUAUGAAAGUGUAUUAGUUAUUGUGCACCAUGUUUCAUGGAUCAUAUCACAGAUGGUAUAACUUCCAGAAUACGGAAAGUUUUAACAGUUUAUUUUUCCUGCUAUGAGCAAUUGGUACAAUAGACUGGAUAUUGUUUUCAGACUAGGCACAGAGAGACUGUAAUGCAAUAUAUAUUACUGAAAAUAUCUUGUAAAUAAAC